GUCUCUGAUGAAAUCAGCUGGGGCAACAACAACACAAAAGGGGGUGGCUCAGACUAGAACAAUCGCUCGGCUGGGAAUGUUCAUGUUUGACUUAGAAAACGAACGAAAAUAUAAAAUAAAAUAAACAAAGUGUCCGCCCGGAAAUCGAGCAGCACCGGAUCGAAAAUCUGCAGCAGCGAGUCCUAAAUAUACUUGUUGAUCUCUGGGUGACGCUGACUAGAGGAGGCAGCUUGGGGAAGAAACAAAGGGAAGGAAGAGGAGGAGGAUGUUUGGGGGCACAAGUCCUGUCUGCAGCUCGAUGUGCUCCGUGAAGAACCGGAUCGCCGCGGUCACCGCUUCCUUCUCCACGCGCCUCUGUCCGGUUGAGUGACCGGCCGAACCACCAGCAGUCUGGCAUGUGGGUCAAUUCCGGAACCGUCGGAAGGGCUCUCUCCAUGGAUAUAGACACAGACUAUGAGCGGCCCAAUGUGGAAACCAUUAAAUGUGUGGUGGUGGGGGAUAAUGCAGUAGGUAAGACCAGGCUAAUCUGUGCCCGGGCCUGCAAUGCCACACUCACUCAGUAUCAGCUGCUUGCCACCCACGUGCCAACCGUCUGGGCCAUCGACCAGUACCGUGUAUGCCAGGAGGUGUUGGAGAGAUCUCGUGAUGUGGUGGAUGAGGUCAGCGUGUCCCUGAGGCUAUGGGACACAUUCGGGGAUCAUCACAAAGACAGGCGGUUUGCCUAUGGCAGGUCUGACGUUGUGGUGCUUUGCUUCUCUCUGGCUAAUCCCAAUUCCCUGCGCCACGUUCGCACCAUGUGGUUUCCGGAGAUCAAGCACUUCUGUCCUCGAACACCCAUCAUCCUGGUUGGCUGCCAGCUGGAUCUGCGCUAUGCUGACCUGGAUGCGGUUAACCGUGCACGACGACCGUUAGCGAAACCCAUCAAACCGACAGAUAUUCUUCCCCCAGAGAGAGGCCAUGAGGUGGCAAAAGAACUUGGUAUUCCCUAUUAUGAGACCAGCAUAGUUGCUCAGUUUGGAGUCAAAGAUGUUUUUGACAAUGCAAUCCGUGCAGCCCUCAUCUCUCGCCGACAUCUGCAGUUCUGGAAGUCACACCUUAAAAAGGUCCAGAGGCCUCUUCUUCAGGCACCUUUCCUGCCUCCCCGCCCGCCGCGCCCCAUCGUGGGCAUCCCAGACCCACCUCUUACGGACGGUGAAGGUCCUGACUCCCUUUUCUGUCACCGUCUUUGUGCAGAUGUUCUUUUUCUUUUACAGGGUGGCGCCUCAAAAGUUUUUGCGCACAAGGUCUAUCUGGCUACAUCCUGCUCCAAGUUCUAUGACCUUUUUACACUUGAUCUUGAUGGGUUGAGUAAAGGGCAACGGGGAGAAGAACAGGAUAGAAAAGAAUAUGUAGAGAGUGGGGAAGAGGAUGAGCAAAGCAGGAGAGGAGCCAAAGAGCAAGCUGGGCGCACUAAAAGCUUGGAUAUUGAUAAGGACGGUGUAGAUGGAAGCAUAAGGGGCUUGAAUCGACCCCAGCUGCUCCAACAGGGAUCAUUGAGGACUUCCCGGAGUGACAAUGCACUCCCGUCUCGAGCCCAGUACUCCCUGGGAUCACUGGGGACGGGACGAGCACUUUCUGGAUGGGGAAGGGGGUUCCUGAGUGUGUGCCUGGAGCAUGUGGAUGAUCCCACAACUGGACGGCCUCGACUCAUGACAGUAGUAGCCAUGGAUGCACUUAUACAAGAAGAACCAUUUAAGGCCGUGCUUCAGUACUUGUACACAGGCAAUCUGGAUGAGAGCCGAAGUGAUCUGAUGCAGGUGGCCACCAUCGCAGAGCUUCUUGAGGUGUUUGACCUACGAAUGAUGGUGGCAAAUGUUCUGAACAGAGAGAGCUUCAUGAACCAAGAGAUCACCAAGGCCUUCCAUGUUCGCAGAGCCAACCGCAUCAAAGAGUGUCUCAAUAAAGGGACUUUUGCUGAUGUGGUGUUCCGUCUGGAUGACGGCUGCCUCCCGGCCCACAAGCCCCUGCUCAUUUCAAGCUGUGACUGGAUGGCCGCCAUGUUCCGUGGCUCUUUCAUGGAAAGUUACAUUGAGAAGGUACCUAUCCCCAGCACCAGCACAGCCUGUAUGCGCGGAGUGCUGGAGUUCUUGUACUGUGGUCUCCUAACGCCCAGUCCUGGUUUGGAGCCAAUGGAGUUAAUUAUCCUGGCCAAUCGACUCUGUUUGCCACGCCUUGUUGCCCUCACUGAGCAGCAUGCUGUGGAUGAGCUUCUUCAACAGGCGGUGAAAGGAGUUGAUAUUGAUGGACAGGUGUUGGCUUAUCUUGAGCUUACACAGUUUCACAAUGCCAAACAGCUGUCCGCUUGGUGUCUCCAUCACAUCUGCACUAAUUAUAACAGCAUCUGCCGCAAAUUUCCCAAAGAUAUGAAGUCCAUGUCUCCAGAAAACCAGAGGCACUUUGAGAAGCAUCGCUGGCCUCCUGUGUGGUUCUUGAAGGAAGAAGACCGCUACCUGCGCUCGCAAAAGGAGCGUGAGCGUGAAGAAGAGAUCCUGCGUAAACAGCACACUAAAAGGGGCUGGUGUUUCUGGAGGCACUCGUCCUCCUCGCCACAUGUUUCUUAAAGAGGCUCCACUACUGACUCUUCAUCCUGACAUAGAUGAUCCCUUCAAGGAGCAUAACCCCACACCACUUCAUCAAAGUGUACGGAGGAAGAUGUCUAUGUGGAUAAAAAAAAAACAACAACAACAAAAAAACUUGUUGUGCUAAUAAUUCUGAAUGUCUGCAUGUUUUGGGAAGUGUAUGCGCCUCCUUAUAAGUGUGGGUGACCACAUGAAUCUAUUUUGGUAUGUUGCGAAAGGGGGCAUGUGCAUGAGUGUGUGAGUAUGUGUGUGGAAUAUUGUUACUUAGUGAUGCUUCCAGGUUGAGUGCUUCACAGACGCCCUGAUCUAUAAAGGCCUGCAGCCGUGCAUUGCAACACCCCCACCCACUCCCGUCCCUCCAAUGCUUUGUCCUACCACCAGCACUCAUAAUGUUUUACCCUUUGAGUGAUUGGACUGGAUGCAAGGGCUCUCUUUCUCUCUCAGUCUUCAACCUUCACAUUGCCCUUAAUGACUAUUACACUAACCACUGCAGCUCCCUUUGGGGGAGUUUACCUCUGCCUUUACUUUUUACGGACUGUUAGCUUACUCUCACAAAGUUGUGUCCAUUUUCCACCCUUGUGAAACCAGCGUUGGAUUUUCAGGAACUAACACUGACAAUGGAGUUUUCUCUUCAUUUUUUUCUGUAUUCGGUUUAAUUUCCUUUUGCUCCUUUUGAGAUACUUUUAUCACGAGAAACAGCACACCCUUCUUCUAGGAGGUGAACAGUUGCUUUUACCACCAAUCUUAUAUACUUAGGACGGUACUAUGCUCUUAUCAGGAGGUUUGAUCGCAGAAAUUAGCUCAAGUGUAGUGCUGCUCUUGCUUUUUGUGUCCAUCAUCUAGCAAUGCAUUUCCUAACGCCUCUUUCUGCAAAAGCAGAAUGCAGGCUCUGUUUUGUAAUGCUUUUAGAGACCAUCGCGUAACCAUUUUAUAGCACUGAUGGCCGUUAAAAGGGCUAGCCUUACUUUAUCCCUCUGACACGGAGGAGAAAUGGAUACAGUAUUAAAUGUUCUCAGCCACUACGAUGCAUUAAAGCAGCGAAGCAACAUCACCAGGGGCCACACUGCUCAGGACCCAGCCACUAACCUAACAGGGGAUUUCAUUCUUGUCUUCAUUUCCCUUGUUUCAGUGAUGGAGGUCAUCAUAAAAAACUCAAUCAUGCAAAGUGUUAAAAACUAGUGGGAGCACAUGCAACAUGUAUAGCAAAGCUCUAGUUCUUCCUGUCUUUCUUUAUUCUGUCAGUGUUUUUACUGGAUGUCUGAAUGCAGGAGAAACAACAGUGACAAUUAGAAGAAAAAGGCUAUAUACGAUAUUUGGACAUCUCUUAUUUUGGGGGUUGAUAUUUUAGGUCUUAUUGUAUGGAGAUUUCAAGACGUUGCCUUCUGUUCCUGUUGUUGGAAUUGAGAAAGGUGCUUAAACACUAACACAGAGUCCGCAUGAACACAGACUUGUAUUAUCCAUCUCAUUCUUUAGUAUUUGAGUGAACAGCGUGUAGAAAUGUCACUAUAGUAUUCAGAUAUGACACUUGAGCAAUUUUUUCAACUUCAGUUCCUCCUUUUCUAUAUACUGUCUAUACAACUCAUUUUAAAUGGUAGACACUUUCUGGUUUUUCUAACAGUCUUUAAAAUCUUGCAAUUUUUUUUUUUUUGUCUCUUAUACUCAAAACAAAUAUCAGCUUGUUUGGCUUUCUUGUUACCCAGGAUUUUCCUUUAGCGUGUGAUUGACUUUCAAGCUAUAAUGGUUGUUUCAAGCAGUUUGAGCAAUUUGGGGUUUUCUUGUUAUGGGUGCUAAUUUCCUUGGACUUUUUAUACUGAAUGUUGAAACAGAAGAUGUGAUUGUGAGUUUCCAUUAGCACGUUUUCUAUUUGUGGGUUUGUACCCCUCAGCUUUACCCAGGCAACUGUAGGACGUAGACAGAUAGUGUGAGACACGUGGUGCAUUCUAGUGUUUUUCACAGGAGGUGUGUAAAGUAAUUUUCAGCUACCAAAAUAGAAAUCGUACAGGAUCUCACUUGGCCCAAGUGAGAAUAGAGCUGACUUAUGUCUAGAAAGAGUAAAUGUGGCGUUAAAAUUGAGAAAAACUUAGUUGACAUUCAUUGUAUCUAUAGAGUAGAAUAAUUUCAUAGGUAAUUAAAGUCAUCCCAAUGCAGAGCUUUGGGAAAUUAAAAACAAAACCUGAAAAAUAUGUAUAAAACAUAUUUCAAUUUAUCAAUAGCGUUAUAGGUUACCUUGAUCCAUUAGGUCUCAUUUCUUAGUAAUGUGCCUUACAGUUGGACACAAUUAAAUUGGAAAGUUAGCAACACCUCAGCUGAACCCUGCAGACAGCUGCUGCAGCCAAGGACACAAUGAAGCAGUCCAUAUGAGAUCAAUUUAUAAAAGUGUCACUAUAUGCACUCAGUAAUUAUCUUUCUUAAUUUAAGGAAGGGAGCUUUCAAGCCAACUUGCCAUGCCUUCACAUAUUUUUGGGCCUACUGUUUUAUGCAGACAGUUGACUUUUUAAAUACUUUAAACUGUGCAGUAGAUUAGGUUGGUUAAUCGUAUGGCCUUAGAUUAGGAUGAUCUUU